CUUUCGUUACUGAGCAGCAGGUGGCGCCAGAUCUGAAACAGAGCGAUGUUAGUCACUCAAGUCAGAUUCAGGCCUUCAGUCUGCCAGUUACGAAAUUAACAUGUGUUUUAUACCUCGUUGGCAGCUGAGAAACACAGAGCGUGAGGAAUCAUCAUGCAACACCAAGAGCAUCUCUUCAUGUUCAUGGACUUCUGUGAGGACGAACAUUAUCUGCUGGAGGACGAGCCUCAUAGCCCAACAGAGAUGAUGAUGAUGAUGAAAAAGGAACACAAGGACGCAGAGCUGGAUAAAAAGAUAGAGGCCUUACGGAAGAAAAAUGAAGCUCUUAUGAAACGCUACCAGGAAGUGGAGGAGGAUAAAAAGCGGGCAGAACAGGAAGGGAUGUCACUGCCCUGCAAAGGGAAGCUUGAUGAUCUGUCCAUCACCAUCAACAAAUCCUCCAACGAUCAGCGUGUGGUGACCAAGAGGCCGGGAGGGCUGAGAGAAGGAGAGCCGGAGAAGGACUGUGAUCCUGGAUCCAGCGUCUUCAGCAUCGGGAGAGGAAAACGACGGCAGCUGCUCGUCACAACAUCAGGAAACAUCAAGGGUAAGAGGGUGUUCGGUGAAAGAAAGGACCGGAACCGGCCCGUGAGUCCAGCGAGGUUGAAGUGUUCUGCUGAAGAAGAGCCGGAGACCAACGCACGAGGAAAACGUCCUCCGCCCUCAAAGAGAGUCCCGGAGGAGGACACAGGACAGCAGGAUCAUUGGAGUCGAUGUGAAGGAUCUCACGGUGUCCCGGUCUCGGCGGCCAUCGCUGACCUGAACAUAAUCACAUCUAAGGAAGAACAACUCGAGUACCUGCGAUGGAAGAAGGAGCGCGAGGAGAUCGACCGAGAGCGUGUGGCCCGACACAAAAACGCCAAAGGCCAGUGGAGGAGAGCCUGGGACAUGGAUAAAGCCGAUCUGAUGUUCGCUGAAAAGGAACAUGGAGGAACAUCAAACAGAGGAGGUCGAAACACUAGGAGAGGAAAUCUGAGAUUGGAAGAAUCCAGAGGUCGACACCAAGCGUCAGACAGGAAGGGGAAGAGUGUCCCAGUGACGGGGAGUAAAGCGAAGGGUAAAGACCGUCUGACGGGUCGAGCGAGGAGGUGGGACGCUAAAGAGCAGGAGGAGCAUUUGCAGGUUUAUCCAGACAGCAGUCUGCAGGAGUUUUUAGAGGAACUUGACGCUCUUUGUGCUCCUGAGAGCGUCAAUCCAGAGACUGACAUUGAAAACACAAAGCCAUGUGCAUCUGAAGAGUCAUUCAAAACAAUCGGUACCGUGACCUCUAAUGGGACGGCGGACCAGAAUGGACGCGUUUCCACAGAAAUUGCUCAUUUGGAGCCGCAUUCUCUGAAGGCCACUGAGAAGAAGGUCCGCUUUUCUGAGAACCAUGACAAGAACAAGUCAGAAACCGAGACCAGCGCACUGCAAGCAGGCUUCACUGGUCACGAACGGCAGUGUAGAAGAAAACAGACAAACACUGGCGCAAGACGACGGCAAACGUAUCCAGAAAGAGAUAAAACCUCCAUCUCCGGAGCAGGAUAACCGCUGGACGAGCUCGCAGAACUGAAUCCAGUCACUGAAGGAAGUGCAACUCAACCAUCGUGUCCUGAACCCGCAGAUGUUUGUAUAUCAGCAGAACCAGGCGAGAACCAACCUGUUGAACACAGCAAGAGCUGCUCUUCUAGAGUAAAUGAAGAAAUGGACUCGAAUCUGUCUGUCCUGAAUCUGGAGCCGGGCGACGCUCUUCCCGACCACAGCACCAGCGCUGAUAUGGCAAGAGAGAAUGGGAAAGUUGUUUAGAUGGAAAUGAUGUCACUCACAUCUGGAGCAAAACUUCAUGCACUAAAACCAGAACACAGAAGAACGAAAAUAUCAUUUGCCUUUUUUAUGUGACUCUGACUCACGUGACUCUUGAACCUUCUGUGUUUGGAGUAUUUUUGUGUCAUUUAUUGGAUGCUGAACAUUGAAAACACUGGUUGGCAGUGACGUCGUGAUUGUUCUGAGUAGUUUAUCUUCUCGUAGGCUAAAGAUUGUUAAUUCUUCAACGCACAGUUAACCUUUAUCUGAGCCACCAAACCCAAAGGUCCGAUGUUAUUUUUGUGGGAUCUUUGGUGGUUUGGUGGGACUUUAGUCUGAAAGCACUACAAACAACUUGAAUGUGUAACUUCAUGAAGUUUAGUGGAACAAACCCAUAGACACCGUGUGCAUUUAGAGCAGGAACUUUAGAGAUUUACACAGCACACUUAACUGACUAACCUAGUAGUAUUCUUCUUCAGAACUCAUACAUGUCAAUGAAAUCAAACCUGACAGAUGCUGAUCUACUUCAAAAGCGCGUGUCAUGGGAUUUUGUGUGGAUAGUUAGGAUCGUUCAAGUAUGUUUAUUAGCACUUUAUUUUUUAUGAAUGAUCUGAAAAGUUACCAGAAGCAUAAAACCUUUUGUUUGGUUUUAUUAUCUAAUUAAAAUUAAGGACGUUUACAGUUCUUUCAGAUUGAAUUAUUUUGUUUAACUAAAGACUGCAAGAAUGUUUUCUAGCUGAACAUUGACAUUUGUUUUGGUUACAGGUGGGUCAGUUUGAAGCAGGUUUUCUUGCCCUGCUAGUUUAGCACGUUUAAUUGUAUGUGGCAAUGAAUUAUUAUCGUACUGGUGUUCAUCUUCUUAACAUUUCAGUAUUUCUGAGUUGGAUGCCAUUACGGUUUGAAGAACACAUAUAGGGUUUAAUGUUUAAAGUGAAUUAAGAUUUGAUUUUUAUAUUUUGCUGACACUUUCAUUAAGUAUUUUGUGUUCAUUUGGUUUUGAAAUGAAUGUUAAAUAGAAAUAAGCAUUAAAAAACUUUUACCAGCCCUGUGCUGUGAUGCUUGCACUGAUUCCACUGAACAAAUUAAAAAAAACCUUUUACCAUCAA